AUGUUUUCAAGCUGGUUUGUUUGUUUUCCAAUCGGCAGGGGUCUGCUGGUGGGGACAAAAAAUGUGACAUCUUCCAUAUAUAUAAACCAAUGUUCAUGUUGUUUUGGGAUUACAAACUUCUUUUUGGGUUUCAGUAGCACUUCUGAAACCUCUUCUUGUUGGGCUUUUACUUUCUGCAACGUUUCUUAUAUUCCUUUAGUUGCUGUAACACCAAGUCGCUCCGGUAAUAUGCAGGCAGCAAUGUUAAAUUCAACCGGCAUGGAUAACCUUUUCAGUCCACCAGUUAGUCCCUUUGGAAAAGACCCAGUCAGAAAGAACAAAAAAAUAAACUUCCAUUUGAAUAACCGCUGGCAUCACAACUCUAGGACGAAGUUGAGAUUGCCCGAUGUAAGGAAAAUCUCAAACGAUUUCAACGAUUACUACACAACGAAAAAACUAAAGUCAGACUACUGGAGAAUAAACAGCUUGAAUGUUAAUUCAAGCAAUUCUAUCCCUGUAGAUUUUGACGUCAGCGGAGAAUCCCUGGUCAUCGGUAACGCUAGCGAUACCCAGAACUUGAACUUCUUCAAAUUGGCGAGUCAGGAUGAUACUGCCAACUCAUACCCUAAAGUUUCCUUGGCAAAGCUUCAAUCGGUCACUGUGCCUGGGAAACCUAUUGUGACAACGUCUUUAAUUGAUGGAUGUACUGCGGAGCAAAGACUAUUGACAGGUCAUCAGGAUGGCAAAGUCAAUCUGAUCUCAACAACGCAAAACCACUCCGAGAUUGUCAAAAGAUUUAACCACACAAAAUACCUGAAGUCCACUUCUAUGUGGGGGCCUCUAAAACACGCUGAUACACCUUCCCCUGUACGACAAUUGGAGGUUUGGCAAAAUGAUAGACAAUUCGUAUCUGUCAUCAACGACUUGCUGUUUAUUUACAGUAUGGAACACACAAGGGAACCACUGUAUUUGAACAAUCAUACCUCCCUACAAUCUGUCUCCCUUAGCAAAUCCUACCCCUAUAUUAUGAUGCUGACAUUGAAGGACUCUGUUGAACUACUGGACGUCAGAACACCACAGACAGUAAAAUUGUAUUCGCCCAAUCCCGCCGACAAAUUACGCUGUUGCGAGGUCAUGGAUACUAAUCGACUUGCUGUCGGUACAUCAAACGCAAUCGAUAUAGUAGAUUGGAGAAACCCUCAAAAUGAUGUCAUCUCACAAUGUCGUGGCUCAGGGGAUGCAAGGAGUUUGACACACAACUCAAAACUAAACGAAUUGAGCUGUUUAGACAGGUUUGGGAAUUUAUCCAAGUGGGAUAUGACGUACGAUGCACCUAUUCGCACACUGAAGAACGGAUUUCGUAGGACCAUCGACACAGAUGGGUUCCAAUGUGGUGACAUCGUCGUAUCACACGGUGAUAUUAGACAGAUCAAACCUUGGGAGGGGGAUAGUAUUGCCACAAUUGGCUUUGAAGAAGUUGGUGUGCACCGUAUCGUUGAAGUAAAGAAUGAAAUCAACGUCUCAGAAGACGAGCACACUUAUCUGAACGCUACCAGUGAUACCGUGUCCAUUAGUUCAGAAGAUAACACAGACGUUAUUUCAUGGAACACAGACGUUACUACUCCCUGUAAUUCCGUGCUCUCAUUGGGGGAGGAUAAUGCAUUCUCUAAAUUGUACUCUUUGGGAGAACAAUAG